AUGUCGCCUAUUCCCGACUCCCCACUGAUAACCUCGACGUGGCAUAGUAAGGGUAAACACUCGAACAGCCACACUGUUACCAAAGAUGCACCUCAAAAUGGCCACCGUCCGCGGCUCACCUUGGAUCCCGUGCCUUCGCUGGCUUCUGUUGUGAGAGGAUCCCUCUCGUGGGCCGGCAGCAUUUGCAGCUCCGAAGAUAUCGUAUCCAGGAAGAAGCGAGGGUUUGAGGAGGAACUCCACUUGAAGACAGAGGAUCGCAAGCAAGUGCUAUACUUGCGCAUGCGUAAUGCUGUAUCCGCCGAAGAAUGGAAAGAAUGUGCCUGUGAACUUGAUAAACUCGAGGAUAAUAACGCCUGGAAGGCGACUUUUGAAUGCGACGAGUAUGACCCCCAUCUCGUACAGAGCCGCCUCGAGCAGCUAGAAGCGGCUCGUCUGAGCUGUGAUGUCAGUCGCAUGCUAUACCUGAUUCGGACCUCGUUGAGUCGUGAUUUGGGAGGCAUGAGCAAUGCCUCUCUGUACAAACACACCCAUUCUGGUACCAAGAAUUUAAUAGAUCAAUAUAUAACGACCGCCGUCCAAACAAUAUCGUCUCUAGUGGAUGUGUCGGGAGACAAUCGGUGUGAUGUGGCCGAGUCGAGGUAUAUACUAGACCAGCUUCUAGCUGCGAGACAGGCUUUUGGGCGAAGCGCGCUCCUCUUCUCAGGUGGAGCUACUUUUGGGAUGAACCACAUUGGGGUUUUGAAGUCGCUUUGGAUGGCGAAUCUUCUGCCCCGCAUCAUCUCCGGCGCCUCUGCUGGCAGUAUCGUCUGCGCAGUAUUUUGCACUCGUACCGAGGAUGAGCUUCCUGCGUUGUUAGCUUCUUUUCCCUACGGUGACUUUUCUGUGUUUGAUGAAGACGAUCGCGAGGAAAACAUCCUGCAAAAAACCGCGCGGUUCCUCAAGCAUGGAGCGUUUUUGGAUAUCACACACCUGGCCAAAGUUAUGAGAAAUUGGCUAGGCGACAUCACCUUUCAGGAGGCGUAUAACCGAACCCGGAGAAUUCUCAACAUUUGCGUAUCUAGCGCUGGGGUGUACGAGCUACCAAAGCUUCUAAACUACAUUACAGCCCCCAGCGUAUUGAUUUGGUCUGCUGUGGCCGUUUCAUGUUCGGUGCCGGUAGUAUUUUCGCCCUUUACCUUGAUGGCCAAAGACCCGCUGACAGGGGAACCUGUUCCGUGGAAUGACCUUCACAAGCAAUAUAUAGACGGCUCCGUUGACGGAGAUCUGCCUAUGAAUCGCUUGUCAGAAAUGUUCAACGUCAACCACUUUAUUGUAUCACAAGUCAACCCGCACAUUGUACCAUUUCUUCCCAAAGACGAUGAGCCGAAGAGUGUGGCGGUCCCGACGUCAAGAUUCUCUCGACUUUUCCAUACUGUUUCACAUCUUGCAAAGGAGGAGAUUAUGCAUCGGAUGGCAGUAUUGACGGAGCUUGGCGUUUUUCCGAAUUCCUUCACCAAGUCAAUUUCGAUUAUGAAUCAGAAGUACUCUGGAGACAUCAACAUCUAUCCUGAGAUUCAUUAUGCGCACUUUCCUCGAUUAUUGAAGAACCCCACCACUGAUUUUAUGCUAAAGGCGUGCCUCUGUGGAGAGCGCGCGACAUGGCCAAAGCUUGCACGCAUCCGGAAUCAUUGCGCAAUCGAGUUAGCAUUGGACUCUGCUAUUCAGAAAAUGCGUGCUAGGGUCGCUUUGAGCCAUAGCCAGGAACAACUCAUGGCGAACGCCAUUUUCCAGCAUUCACACGACGGCAGCACAGACCGAGGUCGCAAGAGGAGAGGUUCCUAUAAUCACGAGAUUGAGAGGAGGAAAGGGGCUGCAAGCCGGAUGGGCCGACCAAGUCUAGCCAAGGUCGGGAGAUCGCUAUCUCAUAGCUUCGAGUCCACACAAUUGAAAGAGGACCUUGACUGGACGUGGGUACACCCCCGUGGGUUUGAACCUAGAGGGAUGGAGCUUGUUUCGAGCAGUGAGCGCGGAACCACGCCAUCUUUCGCUUCGUAUCGUGAGAGCAACUUCUUCUCACCGGACCCAGAAUGCAGCGUUGAAUGUUCCAAACUUCCUUCAUGCUCAUCGUCUUCCUCGUCGUCGUCACCACCUCGUUCUAGUCCUGGAGAUCCCGCCACCCGGCUGGGCUUGCUUGGAACAGAUAGGGGAAACUCACAACCAGCCCUGUCAAGUUCCUCGGCCCGCGGGCAGGUGGCGUCUGGGUUGGAUUAUGGCGGUCGUAUUUUUGUUCUGCAUUUUGAUAUUGGAUCCUUCCAACACUCCUUCAUGAUUGGGAGGAUAUGCAUGAUGGCGUUAUUGGACGCAAUUUCGACGUAUUUUGCGUUGUCUUAA